AUGGUGUUGUCACUGAGUGUGCGACUCUUGUUCUUUCAAGGGCUGGUGACCUUUGAGGAGCUGGCUGUGUACUUCACGGAGGGGGAAUGGGCUCUGCUAGACCCUGCUCAGAGAGCCCUCUACAGGGAGGUCAUGCAGGAGAACUAUCUCACUGUGGCCUCACUGGGUCAUCAGGUUUCCAGACCUGAUGUGAUCUCCCAGCUGGAACGAGGGAAAGAGCUGUGGAUCCAAGAUCUCCAGGGCUCUGAAGAAAGAGAGCUCCAGAAAGGUGCUCAGAUAGGAGAUGGGAUGCUGAGUGAGAACGAGGAGAAGACUCCCCACCAGGAAGAUGCUGAGCAAGUGGAACGACAUGGGACAUUAGCAGGAAGAUCCAAAGGGAAAGUUUCUUGGAGUUGUGCAGACGCAGAAGCCUGUGAGAGUCAGCAUAGGCCAGAGAAAAGCUUCUGUAGAGGCUCAGAUGUUAUUAGACGUGAAAGAGUGAACAUGGGAGAGAGACCCUACACAUGCCUUGAGUGUGGAAAAAGUUUUAGUCAAAGCUCAAACCUCAUCACACAUCAGAUAAUCCACACAGGAGAGCGGCCCUACAUGUGUUCUGAGUGCAGGAAAAGCUUCAGUAGGCGCUCAGACCUGAUCAAACAUCGGAGGGUCCACACAGGAGAGCGACCCUACAUGUGCUCUGAGUGUGGGAAAAGCUUCAGCCAGAGCUCAAGCCUCAACAAACAUCAGAGAAUCCACACAGGAGAGCGUCUCUACACGUGCCUGGAGUGCGGGAAAAGCUUUAUAAACAGAUCACACCUUCUCGCACAUCAGAGAAUCCACACAGGAGAGCGGCCCUAUUUGUGCUCUGAGUGCGGGAACAGCUUCAGACUCCGUUCUCACCUCAUCACACAUCUGAGAGUGCACACAGGAGAGCGACCCUAUACAUGCCUUCAGUGCGGGAAAAGCUUCAGCCAGAGGUCACAGCUUACCACACAUGAGAGAAUCCACACAGGAGAGCGACCGUACAUGUGCUCUGAGUGUGGGAAAAGCUUCAAACACAAGUCACACAUGUUGGCACAUCUAAGAAUCCACACUGGAGAGACACCCUACACAUGCUCUGAGUGUGGGAAAAGGUUUAGUGGGAGCUCAACAUUCAGCAUACAUCAGAGAAUCCACACAGGCGAGAGACCCUACUCGUGCUCUGUGUGUGGGAAAAGCUUUUCCAUGCGCUCAAAUGUUAUUAGACAUGAAAGAAUGAACAUGGGAGAGAGACCUUACAAAUACGUGGAGUGCGGGAAAAACUUCAGAUUGAGCACACACCUUAUUGCACAUCAGAUAAUCCACACAGGAGAACGACCCUACAUGUGCUGUGAGUGCAGGAAAAGCUUCAGUCAGCACUCAGACCUGAUCAAACAUCAGAGAGUCCACACAGGAGAGCGACUCUACAAAUGCUCCGAGUGUGGGAAAAGCUUCAGCCAGAGCUCAACCCUCAACAAACAUCAGAGAAUCCACAUGCAAGAGAGAUCUUUCACGUGCCCCUGA